AGUAUAAAUAUGCAGUACAUUUUUAUUGUCUUCACUAAAAUUAUCUGCAAUUUUUUUGCGCUUGAAAUACUUUGUAAAUUUAUCAACAUGGCAAAGUUAGAAGCCAAAAUUUUCCUCGCUUUGUGUAUCAUCUCUUUAAUGUCGUCUGUUGUAUCCUCUUGUUACAAAGCAGGUCAAUGGUGUUACGACGGCGAUAGCAACAAAUGUUGUCCGAACGGUUAUAACGAUAAAAUAGCUCCUGAUCAACGCCAGGUGUACCGAUGUCUUCAUAGGCAUUACCGACAUGGUUCUCCGAGUGAUAUUAUUACAUGUGAAAGGUCUAAUUUAAGGAAAUUUAGGUACAACUAA